CACUUAGAAAGAAAAGGGUUCUCUAUUUUAACCAAAAUUAUGGCUUCCAAAGUUUAUAACAUUUGCAUUGUGGCCAUACUUGUUUACUUGCUAACUAUAAGUAAUUCAUUUAUUCCUCAAGCAAAUGCAGCAGGAAAAGGAGGGUGUGGAAAUGCACCAGCUGCCAGCCUAAUUCCAUGUCUUGGAGCAGCCAAAAAUGGUAGGACAAAAGUCCCUCCAGCAUGCUGUGGUAAAAUUGGGGCUUUGCUAAAGACUUCUCCAAAAUGCCUAUGUGCGGCAUUACUGUCACCAGCAGCUAAAAAUGCAGGAGUUAAUCCUGCUAUUGCUGUCACUAUACCCAAGAGGUGCAACAUCAAGAAUAGACCUGUUGGGAAGAGAUGUGGACGAUAUGUUGUUCCAUGAGUUUCUCAACUUGUAUGGAGGAAUAAAGACGAAUUUCAAGCUACUUGACUAUUAUGUUUCACAAAUAUAAGUAUUUCCAGUCUACUAUUAAAUAAAAGUGUUGCUAGUUGGCGGCCCAACAUGGUUGAUGGCCUAAAGCAAAAUCUCGAUGAGGGACCCUAAUUUGUUAACAAAAUAAAUUUUUAUAUUUUUGUUUGAAAUCUAUUUUUUUAACUUUUUUAAAUGAUAAUAUAGCUAA